ACUGGAGUAAUUAGAAAACGACAUGCCACUAUUAUCCUGUCCUUCAAAAACUGCAGGGAGUGGAAAACACGUAAGGGGAAAAUCCAGAGAGCGGAGAAUAAGAGAAUUGCCCCUCCAUAGCCGGAGCCAGGUAAGACUUUGUAGAUUUCUAGACUUCAGCAUAACCAUACAACAAAAGGCUACACAACCUCGUUUGGAAGUUCUGGCACAGUGGCAUCCGAACCUAAAUCCUAUUUCCAUUAACUUAAUGGCUUAUGGGGUGUGUCACCAAUUUGAUGUAAAAACAGUUACACAAUCGUCGCCAUCUCCUGUAAUCUCCCUUGUGCACACUUUACCGUAUGGAGCUGAACCCUUGCUACACUCAGACACGGGUUCAUCCGCUAGUCCUUCAACUUCCUCAGGCAAUGAACAGGAAGCAUCUAAAGCUCUGAAAGAUGUGCAAUUACCAGCACGGUUGAUGGAUAUGUUUCUCGACCUUGCCAGUGGUAACACCAGCAAGGAUUUAGAGACCUGUGGAGUUCUUGGUGCCUUUUUGAAAAAAGGAACCUUCUAUGUGACCACUCUGAUAAUACCAAAGCAAGAAUCAGAAUCCAAUUCUUGCCAAGCUUUACAUGAGGAGGAGAUAUUUUCCAUACAAAACCAACAGGGCCUUUUCCCAAUUGGAUGGAUUCAUACACAUCCGUCUCAGAGUUGUUUCAUGUCAUCGAUUGAUUUGCACACUCAAUAUUCAUAUCAGGUAAUGGUCCCAGAGGCUGUCGGCAUUGUCAUGGCACCAACUGACAAAUCAAGGGAUUAUGGAAUAUUCAGAUUAUCAAACGGUGGGAUGAGAGUCCUCAAGGAUUGCUCGGAAAAAGGGUUUCAUCCCCAUAGAGAACCAGCUGAUGGAAGCUCCAUUUACGAGGACUGCUCCAACGUCUAUGUUAAUCAAAAUCUUCGGCUCGAGAUAUGCGACCUAAGAUGAAGCAAUCAUAUGCGUACGUACUAUGUAGUGUAGCUUUUUUCAGAUGUAGAGGUGUCAUGCCCUCAAAAUAAUGACUGACAUGAAUUGACCCAUUUUGGGGCUAGAGAACAUAAAGUAUAGGAGUAUAUGAAUGGUGUGAUUAAGAUUGGAUAAUGAACUUAUGCCUGCAUCCUUCAAUGAUUUAUUUUGUGUGGAUGCUAUUUGGGAGGACAUGGCAGGCAUGCCUAAUAAAUGGUCAAAGAAAGAAGAGCUCGAGAGGGGACCAAUCUACUCACCGACGACCAGCACUUGAACAGAAGAUGAGGGUACGUUGCUCAACUUGCUCUUGGAUCUUAAUUCUUCCUAGAACCAUAUACUAUUGUUUCACUGCAAUGCGUUGAUACUCAUUUGGUGCCUUCUCUUGUGGUUCAUUGCUCUAGCCACCAGCUCGGGUGGCACACUGGCACCAAGAGCGUUGAGCAUAUAAUAUAUAAACAUAAAUGUACAAUCCAACUAUCACUUUAGACUUUUAGUUAAGAUGGAGCAAUUUGAUAUCAAAGCCAACCUCAUGCUUGAAGGAAAAGAGAUUACUGUCCAUGUGUUGCUUAGAGCGGGACGUUGGGAGAGGGGGGUGUUGAACAUAUAAUAUAUGGAUUCCAACUAUCAGCUUAGACUUUUAGUUGAGAUGGAACACAUGCUUCAAUUCAUGAAUGCUGUGCUGGUUGAUUGAUUUACGGUGGCAGGUGGCUAUGGUAAAUGAGAAGGGGGUGGUACCACAAAGAAGGCAGAAGGGGCAAGUUCUGUUGAAUUUAGCAGUGAAAUGGUCCCUUUGUUGGUAGCAUAUGCUGUUGUGAUCUGCGGGAGGCUCAGCAUUGUUGCAGCGGAAUCAGCUGCCCCAUGUGGAUGGACCAUCUCCAAUUCAUUUGUGCUCAAGAUUCUUCAGAUUUUGCUCCUCGACUUUAUUAUUAAAUGCCAAAACAUUUGAAGUA